AUGCGAAUUUUUGGACUUCAGAUUGAUCUGGAUUUGGCAAGAACACUACCGACAAAUAAGUUCUUCGACGAACCGAACUCGUCGAAAAUUUCGGCACUUCGUCGUGUUUUGUGUGCGUAUCGAUUUCACAAUAAACAGAUUGGGUAUUGCCAGGGAUUGAAUCGUUUGGCCGCAAUUGGUUUAUUGUUUUUGGAUGAGGCAGAUGCAUUCUGGUUUUUGGUCACUUGCGUGGAACAUCUGCAACCUAUCGACUAUUAUACGCAGUCACUACGUGGUGCUAUAGCUGAUCAAAAAGUUCUCAGAGAUUUAGUGGGCGAAAAGUUGCCCAGAUUUUCAACGCAACUGAAAAAAUUCGACGUCGAUCUGUCAGCGUUCACAUUGAGCUGGUUCCUGACGUGUUUCGUGGACGUCUUUCCGCAUGCGAUUUAUAUGCAGAUUUUUGACGUGUUC